ACUAUUCGGUCCAACAAACAGAGUUAUUAUACGUAUGAAGCCAAAACAGAGAAGAGUUUUUGUUUGUACUUAUUAUCAUCAGCGAGCGUUAUCUUCGAGGAUUCAGACAAAAGUACCGAGAGGAAAAGAAACAAAGAAGAGAAAAUAACCAAACAUGAAAUUUGAGCUUGUCUUCAUCCCCUAUCCUGGAAUCGGUCAUCUCCGAUCAACGGUGGAGAUAGCGAAGCUACUAGCUGACCAUGAAACCCGCCUUUCUAUAUCCAUCAUCAUCCUUCCUUUCAUUUCCGGAGGCGAACUCGGUGCUUCCGAUUACGUUGCAGCACUCUCAGCCGCAUCCAACAACCGCCUCCGCUACCAAGUGAUCUCCGAGAAAGAUGAACCAACCGCCGAGCUGACGAAUCUUGAAACCCAUAUCGAGAACCAGGUGCUAAAGGUUAAACGCGCCGUUGCUACACUCGUCGACGACUACUCGAAGCUACCGGACUCGCCGAGGAUUGUUGGCUUUGUCCUAGACAUGUUCUGCACAUCGAUGAUGGAUGUGGCUAACGAGUUUGGUGUUCCAAGUUAUAUGUUUUAUACGUCUAAUGCAGGGAUACUCGCACUUGGAUAUCAUAUUCAGAUGUUAUACGAUGAGAACAAGUACAAUGUUAGCGAAAGUGAUUAUGAAGACUCUGGAGCUGUGUUGAACGUUCCAAGUUUGAGUCGUCCUUAUCCGGUGAAGUGUCUUCCUCAAGGUCUUGUAUCUAAAAUGUGGCUCCCCAUGUAUGUAAAUCAAGCGAGAAAAUUUAGAGAGAUGAAGGGUAUUUUGAUUAAUACUGUUGCUGAGCUUGAACCUUAUGUGUUGAAGUCUCUUUCGACUUUCGAGGGUGAUACUCCUCCUGUUUAUCCUGUUGGACCAUUGUUGCAUCUCCAGAACCAAGACGAUGGUUCCAAAGAUGAGAAACAAUCGGAUAUUUUACGGUGGUUAGACCAGCAACCACCUAGUUCGGUUGUGUUCCUCUGCUUUGGGAGCAUGGGAGGUUUAAGUGAGGAACAAGUAAGAGAAAUCGCUAUCGCGCUAGAGAGAAGCGGCCACCGGUUUCUCUGGUCUCUCCGUCGUGCAUCUCCAAAUAUAUUUAAAGAACCUCCAAGAGAGUUUAUGAAUCUAGAAGAUGUUCUUCCGGAAGGGUUCCUUGACCGGACUAAAGAUAUAGGAAGAGUGAUCGGUUGGGCUCCUCAAGUGGCCGUGCUUGCGAAUCCGGCUAUUGGAGGAUUUGUCACUCACUGCGGGUGGAAUUCUACAUUGGAGAGCCUUUGGUUCGGUGUUCCGACAGCUGCAUGGCCGUUAUACGCAGAGCAGAAGUUUAACGCCUUUGUGAUGGUGGAGGAGCUUGGAUUGGCGGUGGAGAUAAGGAAAUACUGGCGAGGUGAUCAUGUAGCCGGACCGUCCAUGGUUGUGGUGACAGCAGAGGAGAUAGAGACAUCAAUAAAGUGUCUGAUGGAGCAGGAUAGUGAGGUGAGGAAGAGAGUGAAAGAGAUGAGUGAGAAAUGCCAUGUGGCUUUGAUGGAUGGUGGAACGUCUCAAACUUCUUUGGAAAGGUUUAUUCAAGACGUUAUGAAUAACAUUUGCUUGACUUGAUUAGCUAUAGAACUUGUGUCAGCAACGCUCUUGAAUAAUGUUUGGUGAUGUAUCCUUGAAGCGAUCCUCUGAGAAAAUAAUAUUUAUAGAGUUUGAGGAAUUAUAAGCCAAAGCUUAUACUUUAAA